AUGGCGUCCCGCGUCUCCUCCGGCGGCGCCGAGACGGGAGGUGCUCCCGUGCCGGUUUCGGCCGCCCGGCGGAACGGAAAUGGGAAAGAAACUGAUGCACUUCAAUAUUUGCAGGUCCUUCGUGAUUCAUCAGAAAGCAUGGCAGAAUUUGUUGAUCGGAAUCGCCAAUCUUUGUCCAUGUUAAGUGCCGUGCUUCUUAGUCUCGUGCCAUGGAUGCAAGUGAGCAGGUCCAGACCUCUGCUUUUGACAGUUAAGCCUGCAGUGUUUGCUACUGCAGUGGGCAUGGCAACGCUCCUACAUUUUUUGUUAUUGGCAUUCAACAUCAUUUCAGUGAAGAGCCUCUCAGUUGUUUCUGGUGGUGACAAGUCCAUUUUCUCAAAGAAUGAAAAUGCUCGUGCAGUCAUAAUAGUUUCUAGUCAGAAAACUCUUCCUGUAUUGGUUGCUGUGGUCGAACAGCUCCACGGAGCACUAGGCGAGCCUGGACUUUUGGUCCUACCCUGCGUUGCUGCGCAUAUUAUUCAGAUUAUCAUUGAUUCGUUUAUUGUAAACCUAUGGCUGAGGAAGGAUCAAAUGUCUGCUGCGACAAAAGAAGUUUAGAGCCUUCAUAACUACUACAAAAAUUGAUCUGCAUACUAAAACUGAUUGCCUUGAUUUUUAAGCUCAUACUUCUUUUAGAUGACCUUUGUUAACGUUGUCAGGCUGUGCGUUGUUUAUGAUUACUUUGUAUGAAUGUUUAUGCCUAAAUCCUCAUCUCCAA